CUCGGCACGCCAAGUACGCACAACAGUGUUCGUUACUGUCUCGUUACUUCAACAGAUUUCAUUCUGUGCAGAGAGAAGAGAAAAUGGCGGCAAUGGCGGUUCACCAAUUCGCACAAUGCAUCACUUGCCACGCAUGGAGCCCCGAUCAAUCCAUGGUUGCUUUAUGUCCAAACAAUAAUGAAGUGCACAUCUAUAGAUUGGUUGAAGACAAAUGGGAGAAGGUGUAUGUUCUUCAAAAGCAUGACCAGGUAAUUUCUGGGAUAGACUGGAGUGCAAGAUCAAAUAGGAUAGUUACUGCAUCCCAUGAUCGGAAUUCAUAUGUCUGGAACCUUGAAGGAUCAGAAUGGGUGCCAACUCUUGUUAUCCUUAGACUAAACCGUGCUGCCCUUUGUGUUGAAUGGAGUCCAAAAGAAAACAAAUUUGCUGUGGGAAGUGGAGCCAAAACUGUUUGUAUAUGCUACUAUGAGCAAGAGAACAACUGGUGGGUCAGCAAACUUAUCAGGAAGAGACAUGAUUCUUCAGUGACUAGUGUUUCUUGGCAUCCAGAUAAUAUUCUUCUUGCUACAACAUCCACAGAUGGGAAAUGCCGAGUAUUCUCCACCUUUAUUAAAGGUGUAGAUGCAAAGGAUUCAAAAAAGGGUACUUCGUCAGAUUCGAAAUUUGGAGAGUUGAUUGUCCAGCUUGAUCUCUCAUCAUCUUGGACAUUUGGCGUCAAGUGGUCACCAAGUGGCAAUACUCUAGCUUAUGUCGGUCAUAAUUCUAUGAUAUAUUUUGUUGAUGAUGUUGGUCCUUCUCCAUUGGCCCAAAAUGUUUUGUUCCGUGAUUUACCCCUACGUGAUGUAUUAUUUGUUUCUGAGAGAACAGUGAUAGGUGUGGGAUUUGAUUGUAACCCAAUGGUAUUUGCUGCAGAUGAAAGGGGAAUUUGGAGUUUUGUCAAAUAUCUUGGGGAACGAAAAGCAGUAUCGUCUGGAUCGAGAUAUGGCUCCCAGUUCUCUGAAGCAUUUGGGAAGUUUUAUGGCCAAUCAAAGCAUGGAGUGAGCAAUGAUGCAGUUGAAACUUCAAGAACACGUGGAGCUGUUCAUGAAAACUGUAUAAAUUGUAUCAUGCCUCUUGGGGAUCAUGGGACAUUGAUAAGGCGUUUCAGCACAUCAGGAUUGGAUGGAAGAAUUGUUGUAUGGGAUUUGGAAAAUGAGCAAGAUCUGUUGGGAUUAUAAGCUCGUUGGAUAAUUGAUUCUUGUUCGUGGUAAGGUUUCUGAAGGUGAUUGUCGCACGCAGCAUUAUACCUUGUAGAUUAAUUUGGUUGUGAGCAAUUGAAGUUAUCUCCUAUCAUUAUAAUCAAGGCUUGAAAAUGUCAGAUAUCAGACCGUAGAUUAUAGCUGUACCUGUAUGAUAAUGCCCCCAGCUGUUGCGUUAAGUGCAAUACUCACUUUAAAGAUAUAACAAAUAAUAUUAUGAAAGAGGAGCAACAGCUUUCGUCCUUUCUUUAGACAGUAAUGAACACUACAGUGAUUAUCAACGUUUAUGCGUAGUAGGUCUUAUCAUGUACGACAACACAGUUGCAUGCUUAUUAGAGUAUAUGGUUUGUUAAAUUGUAUGGUAAGAAAUAGAAAAGUAUGGUUCUAGCGAUUGC